CAAACCUUUAAACGUAUCUGUGUAGGAACAUGUGCGUUUUUGCGUGCGAUGGGAUUAAAACCUGUCGACUGACUGCGAUGGUGUAGAAAUUAAAGGUAUCUGUUGAUAGAUAUUGAUAUUUAUCUACACAGUGGAGCCAAACGUAUACGCAUCACAUGCAAUGGAUUGGGAUGCUGGGCUACAGCAGGCGCCAAAAUGUCGGCUGAAACAUGAUGAUCAAUAACUGAAGCACGGCAUUGAUCAGACGCCCACAGAUAUUUAAGUAAUAAUAAUAAUGAGAUAAGCAUUUUCCUGUUGCUUGCACAUUCAAAACUACAGAAGCUCAAUAUUAUAUGAGACAAUGUUUCUGCAUGGUUCUAAUUCACUGCAAAGGUGUACAUAUUUCUUUAAUGGAGCCAAAAUAAGAUUUGUGUUUGGAUUUGGACCCUGUUUCUUUGGAUAAAUUGCUCCUGUCAUGUCCUAUCCACAGAGAAAGACCUGUUAUAACCAAACACAAGUGCAGAGUCACACAGGCACCCUGCAGGAGAGAAGACAGUCGCAUCUGUGUAGUGUCUGACUGGGAGGCAAGCUGAUUUCUGUUUUCCUUUUAAUCCCCUAGAUAGUUUGGUUGUUUUUUUUGUUAUUUUUUGCUUUGAUCUCUUGUAAGUUGAUAACAUAACAUUAGUCUGCAAAUUGGAAAGAAUGGUUCCUGUUAAACUCCUCAUUCUGGGAGCUCAGAACACUGGAAAAACAGCACUGUGUGUUCGGUUUAUAACGAAGCGUUUUAUUGGCGAAUAUGACCAUAAGACGGAGGUGACAUACAGAUGUAGUCGGACAGUGGACCAGGAAACUGUUGAUCUGGAGAUCUUGGAUUUACCUUGUAAGAACUCUGUGGCUUCUAUUGAGUCCUCCAUUCGCUGGGCUGAUGGUUUCCUACUGCUCUACUCUAUCACUCAGCGCUCCAGCUUCCUGGAAAUCCCUCGACUUAAAACGCUCAUCGACAAAACCAAGCAAAGUCUCGUUUUUCCGACAGUGCUGGUAGCCAAUAAGGCAGAUCUGGAAGUCGGCAGGAAGGUGACAACAGAGGAGGGACAGAGACUCGCCAAAGAUUUAGGGUUUUGUAUACUUAUGUUUGUACAACUGCUCUUUAGAAAUGUAACAUUUCAAUUUGUUUCCCUGCUGAUUUUCUUUCUGUGUCUCAUGUGCAGAUGUGGCUUCAGAGAGCUGUCAGUAGCUGAGGCAGUUUUAUCAGUGGAAGCAGUAAUUUUCCAACUCAUCAGCCUCCCCUGGCGUUGCUCCUAUGUUGUUUCAUGUGCGACAGGCUGACGUUGGAUCAGCAGCGCCCCCUGCCUGACAGGCGCUCCUACAUGCUGACAGUCCGCCAUGCUUUGACCAGGAAGCUGACGCGCUCAAAGACAAUGCAGUGGUGACAGCAGCAAGCUAUUCAGCCGGGAUCUAACUUUUAAGUGAUUUUAUCUGGAGACAUUUUAUAAAUAAAAACAAAAUUAUCAAAUUUGUAUUUGUGUAAGGAUAAAAGCGAAAUUAACUACGUUUCUUCUGUUGGUGUCUUUUCUUUUAAUAAAACUGAAGUAUUUGCUUGCAUA